UUCGGUGACGGAGGCUGCACAAUAUUUGGGGUGCCAUUGUGUGUCCCCGCCAUAUUGUCGUCCUGUGUCUUUGGCUGAGGCCCCCAGAUCUCUCCCCUCGGUAUCUGCGUCCCCUCCACUGACUGCAGGAGUCUCAGGAGGACAACAGGACACCCAGUGACUGGAAAUGGAGUCAGUGACCUUUGAGGAUGUGGCUGUGAACUUCACCCUGGAGGAGUGGGCUUUGCUGGAUCCAUCCCAGAAGGACCUCUACAAAGAUGUGAUGCAGGAGACCUUGAGGAACCUGACCUAUAUAGGAAACAAAUGGCAACAACAAAAUGUUGAAAAUGAAUAUGAAAGUCUCUGGAGAAAACUAAGGUAAUUUGUAUCCUAGGAGACAGCAGUGCUCUUCCCAGUUCUUAAUGUUCUAGCACAUUUUAUGAAGAAGUGAUAGAUACAAGUAAAUCCA